ACCAUCAUGGCGCCCUUCUCCUUAAUGAAACAAUGAAAACCAUCAUGGCGCCCUUCUCCUUAAUGAAACAAUGAAAAUCUUUGUCUAUGAUGCAUCACUUGUUGAACUCCAUCUUAUUUAACUUGCGGUCGAAAGAGUUCAUCGCCUUGCGUACCAGAAAGUCAUAUUUAAACCAGACUCGACAAACGCGAAUAAAUGGAUCAAAGGGAACAUUGAAGAGGCUGAUCGCGCUGCAAGAAUUGAUGUUGCCGCAAUCAAAAAAUUCUAGGAGCUUUUGCCUAACCGGGACUUGAGGAAAAUUCCCAAACAAUGUAAUGAUGUGGCGCACGAAAUAUCAAAAUGAGUGUUUGGAGCUAAUUGAGAUGGAUUUAUUCCCUCAAUAUUUUCAAAUGAUGUAUUUUAUACGAGGGUUCCACAUCUUUUGAAUUACUUUGCUAUUGAUCGAUGUAAUUUAUUAUAUAUAUAAAAAAAAUUAAAGCAAAAGACGUUAAAACUUAAAAAGGAAAACCGACCCUAAAUCGGAGUCUGGCAAAAUGGAGCAAGUAAUGAGCGCACUGAACCGGGCGGUGAACAGCAACGCCGUUAUUAACACGCUAUUAGUCGCCGUUUUCGGGACUCUGGCGGCGAGAUCGGUGGCGCAGGAGCGAGCGAUCAAGGCGCUGGAGGCGGAGAAGGACUUGCUGCUCAAAACAAACAAGGGUAUCAAAAGUACUAUUUGGGAAUGGAAGCAGAAGCUAUAUGCGGAGGCCGAAGCGAAUCCCCAGAAAGCCCUCGUUCCCCUUUCCACACUCAAGUCUAUCUACGGCGAAGUUGUCAUCCCUCCCUCUGUACCUUCCGGUGAAGAUGGUAAGCUAGAUGGGAAAUCACCUGCUCCAAAGUUCAUGAUCUAGUAGGUAUGCGAUGAUCAACAAAACAAUUUUUCUGAUUGAGAGAAACAAGAUGGCCCUGGCUUCCUAAAUACGCACUUAGUUUAUCAUAGUUUGCGUGGAGCUGGAAGCUGGAAUUGGAGAAAGCAUGUAUUUGUCCUGUCCAUUUUCGUGAAACAAUUUACAAAUCCUUGGUAUAUUUAUUUGAAAAACUGUCUGAAGGCAUUGCCGACUUUAUUCUGUGACUUCAGACAUAAGAAAAUGCUUGAGAAGCAUGUUUUAGGGCUGAGUUACAACACUUGAACCAUUAUGUGAAAAAUAUGAUUAUGGAGGAAUUGGAAAAAGGAUGAGGGAGGUUGCAAUAAACUAAGGGCCCAGAACAAAAGCUCCAAGAUAAGGUGGAGGUGAAAAAAUGAAGAAGAAUAACACCAAAGUUGACUAUCUUGCUUCAACUGUUUGUGUCAUAUCAUGUUUGUAAUGGUUUGAUAAGUGUUUGAAAUGGACCUGUCAACCAACGUUUUUUAUCCACUGGGUUAGUGAAAUUAGUUGUCAGAGGUGCACUAGAUGGCAUUUCUGAUGUUUGUCAACUUGGUUUCUCACCAACUUAGGGUCAAAAGAAAUCAAUCCCAUAAUUAUGGGAUGAGACUCUGAAUUAAGUCUAAUUGCAUUCCACUUC